GUUGGAGGGCGCUGGUUUUUUCGAAAGAGCCCUUGUAGCGCAUGUUAGUUCAUUAUGGUCAGGAUAACAUCUGAAAUAGUUGAGAAUGCUCCACAGUUUACCAACGCCAUUAAGGAUCGUGAGCUUAGUCUCAGAAGUUACAAGUUUCCUGCGAUCGAAAAUAUGGGAUGUACAUUGGACCAGUUCGAUACUAUUGAUCUUUCAGAUAAUGAAAUCAGAAAACUCGACGGAUUUCCAAUGUUAAAACGUCUAAAGUCAUUAAUACUUACAAACAACAAGAUUGCCCGUAUCGCCGAGGACUUGGGUCAACAUUUACCCAAUCUCUUGACCCUUAUCCUAACCAGUAAUUAUCUUUCUGACCUCAAAGAUUUGGAUCCUCUAUCGUCAUGUGAGAAAUUAAAUUUUCUGAGUCUUCUUCAUUGUCCUGUAACAAUGCGAGCAAAUUACCGUUUAUAUGUUAUCAGCCGCGUUGCAUCUCUUCGCUUUUUAGACUAUCGUCGUGUUACCCAAGCUGAACGUAAACUAGCUCGAUCAAUGUUUAAACGUCUUCCUGCUUUAUCAAACAGCGUAAAUAAUGUGAAAGCACCAUAUCAGAAAGCUAAUGCUAAUCGUGUAGAAAACUCAGUUCCUGCUGCUGGUAUUGUUAAAACAUUUAUUCCUGGUGCUCCAAUUAAUUCAAAUAAUCUUCUCCCUCCUGGAACUGAACCAACAAGAUCUAGUAAUGAACAGAUUCACCUUGGGGAAAGUAAGGAGAACAAUGCCCCUACCCUAAAUACAUCUGUGGAAAACGAUCAGACUGAGUCAACCAAGUCUGAUACCUUGGUAGUCAGUUCAGCUGACACUCCUAUGCCUCCACCGUCAACUCCUGUCACAACAGGAAAUAAACGCCCAGUUGCAUCAAGUCAAGAUCUAUUUGCAAUACAGGAAGCAAUUAAACGCGCGCGAACUAUGGACGAAGUGGAACGUCUUCAUCAGUUACUAAGUAGUGGUCAGUUUGCAGGAUUUGCAGCUCAGUGGCAGAAACAAUUAAGGCAGCAACAACAACAGAAGUCCUCUCAGUAAUCAUAUAUAAAUGUUUAUGUGAGGGACAGAAAAAAAGUCAUCUAUUGACUAAGUUUUCAGUGACUCUUUGUAAAGACUGUACUAUAAUAAUAUAUGUGUAUGCAUACUUUUAACUGUUAUGUAAGUAUGGUGCAAUUAAUCUCGAGUAAAUAUUUUACUUUACUAGCAAUAAAUUAGUUUUUGUUAAUGAA